CAUACGGGGCUCCUUGUUGCCAGGGGCGACAGAUGGACUGUUUUAUCUGAUAAGACCAGACUUUGAGAAGUUGAAAAGCCCCAACAGUGGCGAUGGUUUUGUGUAUCGUGGACCCCCUGAUCACCAUCUUCUGUGGGCUGUCCAUGUUCACGGUGUUGGGGCACAUGGCGCACGUGACCGGGUCCAACAUGGAUGACUUUCAGUCUUCAGGUCUUAAUCUGGCGUUCUCAGUGUUACCGGAAGCAGUGACUUAUCUCCCCUUGUCCCAGUUAUGGUCCGUGCUGGUUUUCCUCAUGAUGAUGACGUUGGGCCUUGAUACGACGGUACCGAGUUUAGAGAUCACUCAAGAGACACUAGCUGAUCAGUUCCCGUCACUGGCCAAGCGUCGGUGGCUUCUUCUCCUCAUCGUGUUCCUUCCUUGCUUCCUCCUGGCUCUUCCUUACACUACACAGGCUGGUAUCUACGUCCUGACCCUCGUGGACUGGUAUGCGUCGGUGCCCCCUGUGAUGCUGUUUGGGGUGGUAGAGUGUCUGGUCCUGGCCUGGGUGUUUGGUGUAUGGAGACUGGAUAAGUGUACGGUGGAGAUGUACGGACAGACCAUUCCAAGAUGGCUGACCUUCCUCAUGAAGUACAUCACACCUGGACUUCUCAUGGUUAUAUUUGUGUACGCCUUCUACGAAUACCGGCCUCCAAAAUAUGGCACUUACUUCUAUCCUGAGUGGGCAACCGCUAUUGGUUGGCUUAUAUCGGCGUUCAUGAUUGUGCCGACGCCUUGUUGGAUGGUGUACUGUGUAUGGAAGUCCAGAGGGGACACAUUCAAACAGAAACUGGUGAACGCAUUCAUUCCGCAAGAUAUAUCGUCGGAUGUAUCACUAGAAGACAGAGGUGAAGAACAAGAAGCCCUGAACGUUGUUAUGUAAUCUCCUGUUCCGUGUCACCAAUUUCUAUUACCCAGCGUGAUACAUUUUCAUUCUACUGUGAUCGAUACACUGGACUCAUUUGUGGACAUAUUCUCGUUCACAAAGUGCAGUACGGGGGAUGUCUCAAAAGUUUCCGGCCUGCCUAAUACGUAUUUUUCAACAUAAUCCCCUUCACUUAAAUGGACUUGUUCCACCUUUUCUCCAGCAUAUUUAACCCGUCUGAAAACCAUUGUUUGUCUCGAGACCCUAAA